AUGGACGGCGCCGUCGCGUACGCGGCCGUGGAGCACGUGGCCUGGGAGGCGCGCAUCGGCUGGGGCGAGUCGUCCGACGAGGGUAGCGAGGGCGAGCCGGAGCGCGCCUACCGCGCGUCCGCGCCCGGCAACGCGUACCUCGACGCGGGCGACUGGGCGGGCGCCGUGCGCUGGGGCGGCGACGGCGAGAGCGACGACGAGCGGCGCGGCGGCGCCGCGGCCGGCGCCGGCGCCGGCGCCGCGCCGGCGGCCGGCGCCGCGCCGGGCCGCGCGUUCGCGGAGCCCGGCGGCCGGCGGAAGCGGAAGCGCGAGCGCGGCGCGGGCGCGGCACGAUUGAGCCGGCUGCCGCGCGCGGCGCACAGCCUGCCCGCGCAGCUCCACCGGUUCCUCGUCGGCGACGCGUCCGCGGCGGCCCAGGCGCUCUUCCACCGGCCGCGGCUCGCGCGCGACGCGCUCCGCGGCGCCUGGACCCUGGCGGCGCCGCGCGCGGACCGCGCGGGCGGCGCGGCGCGGUCCGCGCGGCGCGCCGCGCUCCGGCGCCGCGGCGGCGCGGGCGCCGCGUUGCACGGCGUGUCGCGCGACGGCGAGCUGAGGGCGGCCGACGGCGAGCUCCUGUUGCUCGAGCUGAGCGAGGAGCGGCCGCCCCUCGUCGCCAACGCGGGCAUGGCCGCCGCGCUCUGCCGGCUGAGGCGCGCGCGGCCCGCGGACGACUUCGGCGACCGCGCCGCGGACGCGCGCGGCUUCGACGUCGACGUGCCCGCGGCCGAGCCCUGGCCGCUGCUCGGCGAGUGCGCGCCGGACGACGAGCAGCUCGCCCUCGUCUCCGACGCCUUCCGCGCGCCCGUCUUCCCCCACGGCGCGCCCGACGCCGCCGCGCCCGUCACCGACUUCCUGCUCUGCCUCGCGCCGCGGCCUAGGCGCGCGCGCCGCGACGGGCCGCCCGAGCCCUGGACCUGGGUCGUGCGGCCCCUCGACGGCGACCACCUCGUCGCGCUCCAGGGCCAGGUCGAGCCGCGCAUCGAGGUGCCGCCGCUCGGGCGCUACGCGGCGCUCCAGGAGCCCAUCGCCGCGUUCCACGUCGCGCGCGCGUUCGCGGCCGCGCGCACGUCCCGCGAGGCCGCGGUGCGCGAGAUCGCCGUGCCCCUCGACGAGAUCCAGCGCGCGCUCUUCUGCAACACGCACGUGCCCGCCGCGCUGCUCAAGCGCGCCGUCGCCGACGUCGCGGAGAAGGUCCGGGGCGACGGCGUCGAUUUGUGGCGCGCGCGCGGCGUCGUGCCCGAGGGCGACGACGACGACGCGGUCGGCGGCGCGGACGCCGCGCGGCGCCUCGCGGCCGCGGAGGUCGCCGUCGACGCCGACGACGUCGCGACGCGCUUCGCGCCCGAGGACGUCUGCGCCUACGAGAGCGCGAACGCGGCCGCGCGGGGCCUGCGGACGCUGGGCCUCGAGGCGCCGGAGAAGCUCGGCGGGCCCAGCGGCGCGGCCGUCGCCGUGCGCGCGCUCGGCCGCCGCUGCGCCGCCGCGCGGAAGCGCGCGGGCGACCUCCGCGCGCGCGCGCGGGGCGCGGGCGCGGCGCCCGACGAUAGCGCGGGCCGCGCGACGGCGGGCGCGACGACGCUCGCGGACGUCGCGGCCGCCGCGGACCGGCGCGCGAAAACGCUCGAGCGGCGCCUCGGCGCCGCGCGGCGCGUCCACGAGGAGAUCGGCCUCGCGCCGGCGCACCUGACGUCGGGCUUCGUCGACGCGCGCAUCCGCGGGGCCAACUUCGCGAUCCUCCGGCUCGGCGGCCUCGGCGACCCGUCGGGCGUCGGCGCGGGCUUCUCCUUCGCGCGCGCGUCGCUGGCCCAGUUCCGGUCCGCGGCGUCGCGGACGGGCGCCGGCGGCGCCGAGAAGCCCGCGUCGCUCGCCGAGAGCCGCGACGCGUACCAGGCGCAGAUCGCGCUCGUCGCCGCGGCGCAGCGGCGCGCGCUCAAGCGCACCCUGGCGGACAUGGCCCGCGGCGACGACGACGAGGCCGACGACGGCCGCCUCCUCGUCGGCGACCGCGAGUUCCGGAAGCGGGGCAAGCGCGGGCCCUACCGCAACUCGACGCGCUACGACGACGCGCGCGCGGAGAAGGCGCGCGCGCGCGUCGCGCGGCGCUGGGGCGGCGGCGCCGCGGGCCUCGACGACGGUGCCGGCGGCGCGCCGGCGCCGGCGCCCGCGCCCGCGGACGACGGCUCGGACCUCGACCUCUCGGACCUCGAGAACGACCUCCUCGACGACCUCGCCGGCGGCGACGGCGGCGACGGCCGCAAGGCGGCGACGGCCCGGGACGACGCGAAGGAGCUCGAGGCCCUGCGGCGGGACCUCAAGGACCAGGAGGAGCGGAAGCGCGACGCGGCCGCGCGCGACGCGCUCCGGGGCGAGUCGGGCGAGCCCGAGGCGAUCCGGCGGCCGCCGCCUGUGCCGCCGCGCUACGCCGUGCGCCGCGUGUCGCGGACGUUCGCCGGCGGCCGCGAGAAGGUGAGCGUGACCUUCGACGUCUCCGAGGGCGCCGUCGAGCGCGUCGCCGCGCGCACGGGCGUGGAGCUGCCGCCCGAGCGCGCGCCGUCGCCGCCGCGCGAGCGCCGCGCGAGCCCGCGGCCGCCGCCCAAGCCCGGGAGCCCCCGGCCGGGCGACGGCGACCUGCCGAACCUCGACUUCCUCGGCGGGCUCGACUACCUCGACGGCGAGCAGCCCCUGCUCCCGUCCGAGGACCUCGAGCUGCGGUCCGAGGACCUCGAGCUCGCCGCGGGGCCCGUCGGCCCCGUCGCGUCCAGCCCGCCGCCGGGCGGGCCGAGCCCCCGCGGCGGCAAGAAGAAGACCGUCAUCACCUUCUCGGCCCAGGCGCUCGCCGACGCGGAGAAGGACGGCGGCCCGGCGCCCAAGGCCAAGAAGGGCUCCGUGAAGCUCAACAUCUCGUCGCUCAUGGCGAAGCACGACGAGCACAAGGCGGAGCAGCGCCGCGCCAAGGAGCAGCGCAUGAAGGACGACGCGGCGUCCUACCACCGGCGGCCCGCGCCGUCGCGGCGCACGGCGCCGCGCCAGGGCGGGGGCGCGCAGAACAAGCCCCACGUGCGCCUCGCGGCGUUGCUCCGCGACGAGGUGCUGACGCCGCUCUUCCGCCGGCCGGCGCCCGCGGGCGCGUUCUUCAAGCCCGUGGACAAGAAGCAGUUCCCCCAGUACUACGUCAAGAUCACCGACCCCGUCGACCUCACGACGAUCAAGGAGCGGCUGGGCCGCUACGUCUACCGCGCGCGGUCCGCGCUCCUCAAGGACCUCGCGCUCAUGGCGGCGAACGCGGCCGCGUUCAACGGGCCCGCGCACCCCAUCGCCCUCGAGGGCAAAGCCAUGGUCGACGCCGCCGAGGCCGCGGCCGCGGACCACGCCGACGAGCUCGACGCGCUCGAGCGGGAGACGCGCGAGCAGACCGCGCUCUCGUCGUCGCGGCGGCCCGCGCGCAAGGGCAAGGGGCCCAAGGUGCCCGUGCGCGCGCCCGUGCCGCCGGCGUCGACGCCGCCGCCGCCGGGGCGGGCGCCGAGCCCGCGCGACCCGCCGGCCGCCGCGCUCGGCGCGUCGCCCGUGCCCUCGGCCGCGUCGCCGGCGCCCCUGGCCACGCCCGCGCCGCGGACCGCGUCGCCGCCGCCGCCGGCCGCGCCGUCGCCGCCGGGGCCGGCGCGCGCGAACGAGGCGCCGCCGCUCGCGCUCAUGGGCGGCGAGGACUCGAGCUCCGGCGAGGAGGAGGAGAUGGACGGCGGCGCCGGCGACCGCUGCUACUGCGGGGCGGAGGCGUCCGGUGAGAACGACUGCACGGCGAACCCGUCGCUCUGCGAAUGCGCCGAGGCCCGGGCCUGCUGCGCGGGCGAGGCCUGGGACAACGUCGUCUGGUCCACCCCCGCCUACGCGCCCCCCCCGCUCCGCGGCGGCGCGUUCACCGACGUCGACGGCGCGGUGAAACUCGUCGUCGCGACCGUUGACGGCGCGCUUGACGUCUGGGGCGGCGCGGACGACGCCGCCGCCGCGACGCUCGAGGCGUCGACCGGCGCCCUCGAGUUUGCGUGCUCGCUUACGGUCGACGAGCUCAAGCUCGCGGCGACGCCGCGGAAGUUCCUCGUCGCCGUCGCGGCCGCGGGUUGCGCCGGCGACCCCAUCGCGGUCUUCGACCCCGCGAGCGGCGCGCGGCUGACCACGGCCCUCGACGGCGCCGCGGCGGGCUUCGCUUCGGCGUCGUCCGUGUCGCAGCCCGAGCCCGGCUUCCUCUACGCGCACGGCGUCGACGGCGGCGACGCCGCCGCGCUCGUCGACGUCGGCGGCGCGCUCGACGGCGGCGCGGCGGCGGCCUUCCGGGCCGUCUGCGACCCGCCGACCUUCGCCCUGGGCGGCUUCCCCGCGGGGUCCCGGGGCACCUUCGGCGUCUUCAACCAGACCGACGCGGACGGCGCCGUGAAGCGCUACGCGAUUGUUUCGCUCGUCGCGGACGACGCGCGCGCCAAGGCGGCCUUCGCGCUGCUCCUCCCCCUCGACGGCGACGGCUGCCCCGGCACCGUCGAGGCGCCCCUCGUGCUGCCCUUCGGGACGCUCGACGACGGCAACUUCGACGCCGACGGGCCGAGCCUCGACGCCUACGGCAAACUCCCCGCGGCGCUCGGCCUCGCCGUCGCCGGCGCCGCGCCGGCCUUCGGCCUCUCCGCGGAGGUCUUCGCCCUCCUGGCGACGUGCCCCGCGGGCACGCCCUUCGACGCGCAGCGCGCGGUCGCGACGCACCCGACGGGCAACUUCGUCUACUCGAGCCCCGGCGUCCGCGCGGCGGGCUGCCCCUACGUCGUCCACGCCUACGACGUCUCGGGGCUGCGGUCCGUCGCGAACGACGACUUCCCCCUCGCGCUGGACCCGGCCGUGGGCAUGGUCAACUACGCGGGGUCCUUCGAGAUCCCGGAGGACGUCGUGCCCGUCGGCGCGGCCGCGGCAUCGGGCGCCUGGCGCUGGGAGGGCCAGCACGUCGCCGUGCUCGCCGGCGGCGGCGCCGGCGCCCUCUUCCUCGACUUCACGGACGACCCGCUGGCGCCGGCGAUCGUCGCCCACGCGACCGCGGGCGGAUCCGCGGCGGCCGCGUCGCUCGGCGACGACGACGCGUACUACGUCCGCGUGGCCACGCCGGCCGGCGACCGCUUCGACGCCGUCAAGAACAUGCCGACGACGACGACGACGCGGCCGCCGGCGACGACGACGGCAUCGGCGACGACGCCCGACGCGGAGCGCGAGUGCUCCGAGCUCGUCAAGGGCCUCGAGGGCAAGGCCAUGAAGCAGGGCAAGUGCGGCCUCCACGACCACUGCGUCUGGCGCAAGAACCGCUGCAUCGACAAGAGCCUGAAAAACAAGCAGGCCUGCCACAAGCUCAAAAAGCCCACGAAGAAGAAGCUCAAGAAGAGCUGCAAGAAGAAGGCCUACUGCAAGUGGAAGAAGAAAACGUGCGACUACAAGUAG